UCAAGGUUCAUUCAAUUUUACAUUAAAAUUCAGCUCAUUUUAUUUCUGAAAAGCAUUAAAUAUAGUUGUAAAUUAAAUGUUCUUAAUCACAGUGAUUAAGUGUAAAGUUGUGAAAAAUUAGUUUUGAAUAUUUGUAGUAAUGGAGGGCAACAGAUUAUCAAGUAACAGUUCUGAUGAGUCCCAAUAUGAUGAAAAUAUUAUAAAUUACUUAAUUAAUUAUCGAAACCGAGAAAAUGCUUCAGAAUAUUGUAAAAAUUUGGACGUAGAUACAGAUGAAGCAUUAUGCGCGGAUUUCAUAAGUUAUUUACAAAAACAAAUUUUCAAUGAAAAUGGCGCGAAUUCUAAAAAUUGUUGGGAUUGCGGGCAAUCGCAUUUGGUUAGAAAAUUAAAUGAAGAAAAAAUGAUGUUAGAAGAAAAAAAUGCCUCUUUAGGCGAAGUUGAGUCAUUAGACUUAAAAUAUGCAACCAAUGAAAGAUUACUUGAAGAAAUUGAUAAUGUUUUGACUAACUCAACUUCUAAAGCGAUUUUUUUGAAACCCCAAAGUUCAUCCUCACCAAAACCUACUGCAAUGAGCGAAAAGAAUUUCCACUCGAAUAUCAAGGCUAAAAAUACUAUAAACAGCUUUGAAUUUAGCAAUGAUUCACUUGGAUAUCACACAUUUAAGUCAAACAUGGCAUCAAAAUAUGAAAACAAAUUGAUUACUGAUACUGAUUUAAAUGCUGAAAGCUCAAAUGAUUCUCCUCUUGUAAUAUCAAUAUCUGAUGAUGAUAUUGUUUUUGAAGAAACUGAAAACUUAGAUACAAAUCUAAAUCCCUUUCAACCGAAAGAAUUAAAUAAAAAAUGUCAGGGUAAAGUUAGCUCGGCAAAGAAAAGAAACAAGCCAAACAGAAAACAAAGGAGGGCAAGAAGAAAACUACGUGAGCAAGAACAACAAAAAAUAGAUAAUCAACCAGAUAUUGAACAAAAUUUACAAUCAGAAAAGCGCUUAAAGCUUAACGCCCAGGGUCGUUCUGUCGGUAUAAAUAUUCAAAAUAUUAGUUUAGUGUAUGAAAAACGAAAGAACCAACCGCUUAAGUACAAACCAAUAAAAUUCGUUUCGGGGGGAAUGUUAAAAUUUAGUACAAACAGUAACUUUAUAGCUGUUGAGGAACAACUAAAAAUGCAUGAAACUAACUUAGAAAACAUUGAAGAAUGCAAAAUUAAAAAUAUACUCAAAGGUCCAGGCGGCCAGAUAAUGUUAAAAAUGGGUUAUGAAUUAAGAAAAGGAUUAGGGAAAUAUUCACAAGGCAUUCUUCAACCUAUUGAAGCUCACAUUAGAAAGGGUCGUGGAAGUAUAGGUUCAUAUGGUAGUGAAAUGUUAUUACCAACGUCAGUAAAAGUUCAAGAAUUGCAGUACAAAAUUUUGAAAUCUUUGUAUAUAACUGAUUUGCAACCGAAUAAAAAUGAUUCACAUUUUCAACCAGGAAUCUAUAGCAAUGUGUUUUUUGAUUAUUCAACCCUGCCAGAUCCUUUUGAUUCGCAAAUAGAAAAUAAUUAUGAAUAUCAUAAUUUUAAUUUUUCACAGAAUUUCUUUAUAAAUUUAGAUUCCAGUAUUACAUAUAGCAAAUCGAAAAGUAACAUAAUUUUGAGCAAUAAUUCCAAUACUUUUACUGGAAUUGAAAAUUUUGGAAUCAAUAACGGCGAAAAUUCCCGCAAGCUGUUGAAAGCAAAAAGAAGAAUUAAAGUGCAGAAUAAUCCACUUCAGUUGGUUGUAACUACCUCAUCUGGUCGCUUUAACUUUGAGCAAUUUCAAAAGCUUAAAGAAAAUUUAAAUACGAUUACAAUUAACGCUGCAUUAUUACAUGGUAUAAGUUUACAAUUUGAAGAUAUUUUCAUGGAAGAAGGUUACAUGAAAAUAAAUUGUAGCAAUGAGAGUACGCAUUACUGGAUUGAAAACUUAAUUAGAAAUUCAGCAUACGGGCAAUUUAUACCUAAUAUAAAAUUACUCACUAAAUUUUAUGUUCAUUUUGAUUCAAUUAUAUCAUCAGGAUAUAAAAUGGAAAUUUUUAUACCUGGAAAAAGUCUCAAAACAGCCGAUUAUCUUAAAUUAUUAGAAAUUCAAAAUCCUGGAUUACUAACACGGGAAUGGAAAAUUUAUAAAAGAAAUGAAAUAAAAAAUGGUGUUGAGUUGAUUAUUGAAAUUAAUGAAAAAUCUUUAAAUACAUUACAAAAUGUUUAUGAAUUUCGUCCUUAUCUAUUUUUGAACCGAAUCCAAUUUCAUAUGAUUAAAGAUAUUUAA